AACGUGUUUUCAAAAAGGAAGCACAAAUAUGCCGCGUAACUUCCCCUCUAGUACUGUAUGGCCCCAUCAAAGCCACUCGCUGACUACUUACCAGUAAAAUGGGGUUGGACGGUUGUCAGAUUAGCUGACAUGUUUUCUGCCAACACAACCAUAAGCAGUUGUCAACUCUCAAGACUAAAAGAGCUUGCGAAGAAAGUGAGAAACCUUGGCUAUGAAAGCACAUGAAGCGUCAGAACAAAAUCGAGCAAACUUGGACCUAGAUUACCAGUGUCUGCUCCAGAGCCGGGUCAGUGGCCCUGUUUGUGAGUACUUGGACCUUUUGGAAAAAGAACACUGGGUUACCUGAGACCCGGUCGGAAGUCCUGUCGAGUACUAUACUUUUUUAUACCGUUCGAGGGCAUACCGCCACUGACAGGCUGCAUACGCGUGCAGAUGCGUGCGGCCAGAGUGCCCAGUGCGAGUACGUUCAUACAUGUACAUGUACAAUCAUGUACAUCAGGAAGUCGAAAGUAAGUUUACGACUCCCUGACACACAGUAGCCGCACUUGAACGCAUCUGGCUCUGGCCCAGUGUUGCAGGAAUUGUGCCAGGUAGACGUGUACCCGGUUUGUGUUAAAUCUUAGAGCAGGUACUGCAUACCCUAUCAUAUCUGUGUACAUGGGUAGACAGAGUCAGUGUUGUUGCGUCCCACUCAGCACCCUUCUGGUUCAUUUCGGCACCAGCACUCUUUGCGUAUGCAGAGUUGAGUAGAGUGCAAGUUCGGACCACAAGUACACUGCAGCGGCUAGUAGCAAACCUAACCUGUGCCGUGAUGCCCGGCACGUGUGUGCAUCUACUUCAUCCCUGAGUAACACACCUGGUAUAUUGUGCACAAUAGGGCACAGUAAAUAAUCAGCAUGCAUCGCAGUUUUCUGCAACAUAUUCCUGAAGUCACUUUACACCUCAGAAGAAUUGCGUCGCUGACUGGAAUUCGAUACCGGUUUAGUUUCUCUCUGGGUCAUUAUCAAUCAUAGAAAACCCGUCAUACAAUAGGUUCAAGCUAAAGUACCGUAUCACCAUGGUAAUUACCUGGAAAUUCGGUGUGUUUUCUACGUUUUUGUUAAACAAGCAGCAAUGUGCAACAGAAAUUACCAUGGUGAUAGAGUAGAUGACCGUGUGAAGCGGUGUGAGAUGCAGCAAAGCUUGGUGACAUCGUCCAAGAUCGACAGGGAUGGCGGGUCACCUGCCGUGACGCUGUCGACGCUAUUGUCCAGUCCCGCAUGGAGCCUGUGGCGAAGCCCCUCAUUUGUGGCACUUGUGCGCGCAGUUUUCGUCGGCCACAGGAUAUUGCGACGCACAAGUGUAACGCUGUUCGCGCGGCCCGCGCGCGCUGAGUAUGGCGUUCCCCGUCCGGUGGACAACACGUCUCCUGGUCUGCCCCGUAUGGGGCCACAUAGCCAGUCAUGGCAGUGGAAGAAGGAAGGAAGCUUUCACUGUCCAGGAGCGACACUGACUCGCACUGCUAUCUGGUGCUCACGAGGUGUUUGUCGCGCUGCAAACGGAGCGUCUCUCAUUAGGCGAUUUGAUCGCAGGACGAGAGAGGAGCUGAUGGACGAUCUCUCCAAUGUUCCACUUGGUUCGGAGCGGCGCCGAGUGCUGACGUUGGGACUUGGCCAUUCAACUGCAGUGCCAGUCUGGCUACCUGCCCUGCCUGCGUUCCAGCCUGUGGCUGUAUCCUGCCAUCACAGCGCUGCGACGGUGUUUGGUACGACUGUGCUGAUGGCUCUGAUGCACAGUACUGCCCAGGCAAGGUCACACCAGCUCCAGGUCAAGCGACUGCCAGGUCCUGUCACCACCGGCACUGGGCUCAAUGACCGUGAACGGCUUGAUGUUCAGCAACACGACCACGUUUGUGUGCAGUCUCCCUAUGUCCUUAUGGGCUCGGCCGUGUGUACUUGUGAAAUCAACGGCCAGUGGAGCGGUGUGCAGCCAACUUGCGUCCUGACGACUGCUGCUCUGAGUGCGGCCAGUGACGAGCUAGUCAAGGACUCCGUCUCAGAACGCAUGACACAAACGUGUUAGCUCCUGCUCCAUGCCCAUUGUUGGAGCGACAGUCCUGGAAUCCAGAGUUGCAAGUGAGGUGGUGAUACGGCAAGCAGACGGUGGCAAAGUACGGCUUAAAAGCUCUACAUCUGGCAAGUGGCCGGCAUACCACCCCAAUGGACAUCGGAACAGUACACGUAGAGUAGCAUCUCUACGUGACAGGGUAUGAGCGCAAGCCAGUAUUGCCAAGCACUGGGGACCUUUGGCAAUCUGAAGAAUGUUUUGUCCGAGAAUCGAUCCUUGGAUCUGUGGCGUUGCAGUUGUGGUGCUCCCGACCCUCUUGCGCGAUGGCCGCGGAGACCUAGCGAAAAGGUUCGAGACAUACGGCAUCUCAAUAUCUUCCACCACAAUCAGUACAUCAGCACCACCAUCGAGUGUAGCGACAUCAGCAAUAGAAGACGCACAUGAUAUCAUCCACCCUUACGGCCUUAGCGAAGACCCGGGAAUACCUGAGAAGAUGUUAGCCGCAACUUUACUGGAGAAGUCGUCGGUGACAACAGCACUCCAUAUUUUAGCUGCAUGCAGUUAGGUCUCUCAACAAGUGUACCCAAAGUUUUCAAGCUAAUACACAAGCAAAUUCACUAGGGGCCGAGUAUAUUUUCCUACACCUCUCCCUGUUUGUUGUUGUUAUUUCUGCAUUCAAAUUGUUUGUGUACCUGUACAUUUAUUACAGUAGAGCCACGCAUCCACAGCUGUUGUUUCCAAGGGGUCAGGCUCGUCAGUUAUACAAAACCUUUCAGCAAUCUGGCCUUAGGCUUAGUUCCUUGACUUCUUGUACCACUUUCUUAGAUGCACAUCCCACUGGAUAGUGAGCAAUACGUGUGUAGCAGAAUCUGUAUUCCAGAAAAGCAGAGACUCGAGUCUAUUGACACUGCGUUUCUUUUUAAAACGUUAUUGGCUGUGGUGUACCUAGAGGUAUACACGUACAUUCCUGGGUCCCACGUUCUGUGACGCCCGACUGUAUUCGUGGUGCCUCAACAACUUUUAA